AUGGGGCGAACAAAUUACCAGGUCGUCGCGGCCUGCGCGUGUCUACUACUGCUCCUAUCCCACGCGUCCGCUGAGCCGCCCUCCUCCAAGCCUCCUUCCACCCACGAAUCGGCUUCUUCUUCCAGACCGGCCCCUUCUCCCAAACCUGCUGAUGCUCCCAAGCCUGCUCUCGCUCCCAAACCUGCUCUCGCUCCCAAGCCUGCUCUCGCUCCCAAGCCUGCUCUCGCUCCCAAGCCUGCUCUCGCUCCUAAACCUGCUCUCGCUCCCAAACCUGCUCUCGCUCCCAAACCUGCUCUCGCUCCCAAACCUGCUCUCGCUCCGAAACCUGCUCUCGCUCCCAAACCUGCUCACGCUCCUAAGCCCUCUGCCUCCGUCAAAGCAGCUGGUGCACCCGAGCCUGCUCUUCCUCCGAAGCCGUCUCUCGCUCCAAAGCAUGCGCCCUCCCCCAAGUCCGCCCCCGCGCCCGCGGAGACAAAGACCGUGCGGCUGAGCGCGGCGGAAGAGGCGAAGAUGGAGGCGGAGCUAACGGCGGAGAACCUGAAGAAGCUGAGCGACGAAGGCGCGGAGGUGCUGACGGAGGCGAACGUCCAGAUGCUGACGGAGACGGAUCCGUCAAGUCUGACGGAGGAGGACGGAGACAAGUACUUCCACUUCCACCACGUGGCGCAUAUGGCGCAUCUGGCGCACAUGGCGCACCUCGCGCAGCUGCAGGGCAUGGAGGCGCACAACCAAGCGGACGCUUCGGCGCAAGCGGUUCCGCCCGUCGGGAAGACUGCGGGGGAGAAGGCUGACGGCGACGCGGAACCCGCGGAGAAAAUUGCUGGCGUGCGGAGUGUGGAAACGCCCAACACGGUGAUCAAAGCCGCGGGGACUAAGGGCCAGGACGUCCGCGAUAUUGAGAAUGACAUCCUCGUUACUGACGACGUGAGAGUCACCGGCAAGGAGAUUCCCGCUAUAGCGACAUCCGUUAAGAUUCCGAGCUCCGAAGCGGAUCUCAGUCCCAAGGGCGUCGUGGCGGCUGCGGAUGAAGCGGGCGACAUCGAGGCGACCGAUGCGAAGGAGACCGAUGUGAAGGGCGACGCGAAGGCGACAGAUGCGAAGGGCAACGCGAAGGCGACAGAUGCGAAGGGCGACGAGAAGGCGAUCGAUGCGAAGGCUACAGAUUGCAAGAACGGGACCACGGCUAAGGGCGUCGCAAAGGCUACCGAUGCGAAGGGCGAGACGAAGGGCGAGACGAAGGGCGAGGCCAAGGCUACAGCUGCGGACGAUGGUAUGAAGGCCGCGAUCGGCGCCGAUGAGAGCGGGGCGUCGAAACUGGCGGACGCGAAAUCAAUGACCAGCGGCGAUGCCGACGCUGUUGCCAACGCCGAUAUCGAUGCUGACGCCGAUGCUGCCGACACUGCCGACGCUGAUGCCGAACCUGAUGCCGAACCUGACGCCGAACCUGAUGCCGACACUGACGCCAACCCUGACGCCGAACCUGAUACCGACGCGGGUGACUCUGAUUACCCUGACGCCUCCAGCAGCGGCGGCGCCUCAUCAGGCAGUAACAAAUCCAAGACUGUAACGGGUGGCGCCAAAAAAGAGGCCGUCAGUAGCGCGUACGAGGAGGAGAGCUGUCCCGCGGCGCCGCUGGAUCAAUGCGACUUCUACUUUGAAGGACACCCCGAGGACGUGCCCGUCUUCCGCCUCGAUAACGUCACACCCGAUACCGCUAUAAGCCCGCCGCUGGUGUCGAGCCGCAUUCAGCAGAUAAUCGAGGUGGAUCGCAGCGGCGCGGCGCAGUUCCUGUGCCCUAUGGACGGCGUGCGCGGCGACGACAGCCAGUUCUAUCUGACCAAGCAGCAAUCCACGCUGCACGUCCGCACCUUCCAAACGAAAUUCACUUGCGUGCUCUCAGCGCGGCGGCGAGUCGAUGAGUCAAUGUUGCUAUCCUUGCUCACCCCCGUCGCCCCUCGCCCCCUCCCCGCCCACCCGCAGCUGUCCGCGCCGCGCGACAAGUUCGAGUCGCGGUGCGUGAAGCUGUGGAUCGUGAACGCGCAGAUCCCGGCGCCCAACGGCUCGGUGGUCAACACCGCGCCGGGCGACGCGCUGCAGCACGACUACCCCGACGCGCGCCGCUGCGUCGUCUUCAAGACCGGCCCCGUCGCGCCGCAGUCCGUGUCGUGCGGCCGUCAGCCCGUCUUCGCGCAAGCCGUCGGCUCCCCGCCCGGGGAUCUCGUCGUGCGCCCGUCCGCGCCUUCCCCGCCUUCCGCGCCUGGUGCGCCCGGCGCGCCUGGCUCUCCGCCGUCUUCCCCCGACAGCCCGCCAGGAGAAGACUCUCCGCCUUCCUCUUCCCCGCCCUCGCGCAAGACGAUCACCCCCCAGUCCACCCCAAACUCCCCCGACGAGACUCCCCCCGAAUCUCCCCCCGAGUCUCCCCCCGAGGGUUCCCCCGAGGCUCCCCCCGCGCCCAUUCCCCCUGCUGAGUUCCCCAAGCCUACGGGACCAUGCAAGAUUAUGUGUCCGGCUAACCCCCUGUCUCUCUGCGACUUCUACUUCGAGCAGCAUCAGACCGCCGUGCCUCUCUUCCACCUCAACGGCACUGUUGCCGACUCGGCCAUCAGCCCGGCGCUAAAGACAAACAAGCUGCCGCCCGGAAAGUACGUGGAGGUGGACUCGGUGGACCACAACCGGUUGCAGAUUUUGUCCUGUGUGGACUACACGUCAGCACCGGCGAGCUACAGGGAGAUGUUUUACGUGACGGGACAGAUAGGGCGGCUUCACAGGAGGGCCACGGACGGGGAGAGCAUGAUGGAGUUUUAUGAUGGCGCGUGCGUGCGCGUGAAGCUACAGUCGCUGCAGCUGGCUUAUAACGAGACGAGUGUGAUUAAUCUGAAUCCCGGGGAUGGCAACAAGGAGUUCCCGGAGUCGAGGCGAUGCAUCGUGUUCAAAACGGCCAUGUGA